GAAGCCCGGCGCAAGGCACUUCCUGUCCGGUCAUUGUUCUCAGCCCCGUUGCUGCCGAGAGACUCUGGAGUCUCAUCCGCGAAGCGGCACCGGCCCGGUUGGGCCUUCGUGGCGAGCCGGUCGCAGCGGGCGGCGAGGGGCGCGGGACUGUUCUCCACCGACCAUCGCGGGGCCGGGAGGUAGCUCGGGGUGUCCGGGCCGGGCGGCGAGCCUGCUGGUCGGGAUGGAGGAGGGCGGCCUGUGCAGAUGUCUCGGGCCUGCUGGGGCCAGGGGCCCGACAGUCUGGCCAGGAGACUCAGUGAAUAGCUCAUCUUGGCUCUGGAGACUUGAAGGUUAGAUGGAGCUUGACCGAUGUUGGGUAUCCCUCAGCUAUCAAGGAUCCUGCAUUGAACAGAGAAGAUGACUACAGAAUUGAAAGAGACCAUGGGCAGAGCCUCUUGGGACCCAGAGAAGGUGAAAAUGGAAGAAGAUGAUGAAAGUGUCAUAAGUCAGGCAUCCAGCCAACAAGUGUACUAUGAGAACGACAAGGACUGUGCCCCAGGGGAGGGUCCUUAUGGAAGCAUCAGUGUAUCAGAAGAUGAGGAAAAGGGUCAGGAAAUGUUCCGGGAAAUGGCAGUGGUGCUAAAAGCAACACAGGAGGCUGCUGCUGCUUCACCCUUUGGGAGCUACUCGUUGGCAGGGACUCUGGCCGAGAGUCAAAUCCUGGAGCUUCAUGGGAACCCAACCCCAACAGGUGCCAAAAGCAAGAACCUAGAGUUAUUGAUUCCUAAAAAGGAGAUAAGUGAUGACUCGGAGAAGCCCCCCAUGAUUUUAGGAAGAAUCCAGAAAGGUGACCUUCAAGGACCUGAGUUAGGAGAAUCUUGUGAAAAGGGAAAUGUGUUAAAAGGGCUGAGGAUAAAGGAGGAAAAGGGAGAUUUGGGAGAAGCAACAGUGAAAGACUGUCCAUUGUCUGAAAGCUUCCGAGACGAGGAAGAAUCCAAGAAGUCUAGGGGGAAAUACAGCCUCAGAUCUACUCCUGGUAAAAAUCAGAAAAUACAGCCCGGGCAAAAACCGUUUACAUGUAGUGAGUGUGGGAAAGGCUUUAGUCAGAGUGCAAAUCUUGUUGUGCAUCAACGAAUCCACACUGGGGAGAAGCCCUUCGAGUGUCAUGAGUGUGGGAAGGCCUUCAUUCAAAGUGCAAACCUCGUUGUGCAUCAGAGGAUCCACACUGGACAGAAACCCUAUGUCUGUGGAAAAUGUGGGAAGGCUUUCACUCAGAGUUCAAAUCUGACUGUCCAUCAGAAAAUCCACUCCUUAGAAAAAACCUUUAAGUGUAGUGAAUGUGAGAAAGCCUUCAGUUACAGCUCGCAACUUGCUCGGCACCAGAAAGUCCAUAUAACCGAGAAAUGCUAUGAAUGCAAUGAGUGUGGAAAAACCUUCACUCGAAGCUCCAACCUCAUCGUCCAUCAGAGAAUCCACACUGGGGAGAAGCCUUUCGCCUGCAGUGACUGUGGCAAAGCCUUUACUCAGAGUGCAAAUCUUAUUGUGCAUCAGAGAAGCCACACUGGUGAGAAGCCGUAUAAGUGUAAAGACUGUGAAAAAGCCUUCAGUUGUUUUUCUCACCUUAUUGUGCACCAGAGAAUUCACACUGCAGAGAAACCUUAUGACUGCAGCGAAUGUGGGAAAGCCUUUAGUCAGCUAUCUUGCCUUAUUGUCCACCAGAGAAUUCAUAGUGGAGAUCUCCCUUAUGUGUGUAAUGAGUGUGGGAAGGCCUUCACUUGUAGCUCAUACCUACUCAUUCAUCAAAGAAUCCAUAAUGGGGAAAAGCCUUAUUCGUGUAAUGAGUGUGGGAAGGCCUUCAGACAGAGGUCGAGCCUCACUGUCCACCAGCGAACCCACACAGGAGAGAAGCCCUAUGAAUGUGCAAAGUGUGGUGCAGCUUUUAUUUCUAACUCACACCUCAUGAGACAUCACAGAACCCAUCUUGUUGAAUAGCAAGGAAGAGUACGAUGCCCUGCUUUUGGUCAUAACCUACUGCUCCUAAUAGUAGGCACUUCUGUUCUUUAUUCUUCCUUUGACAAAAUGAGGACUAUACCCUUUAAAGUUAUUUUUCUGGAAGGUAAUGUAAACACACAUUCAGAGGCUAAUUUAAAGAAAAUAAAACUUAAACACCUAAAAGCCAAGGACUUUGUUUUAACUGUAUGUAUCCUAAGCAGUCAUGUUUUCUAAACAGAAUGAGGGUUUUGUUUUUUUUUUUUAUCCUCCCAUGCAUAUACAUACUGGUCUUAAUCCUGCUAGGUUUCUAAGAUCAUAUGAAUUCAUGCAUUGUGGGUGGUUUGGGAGCAGACAGAUUGUGACUUUUAAAGGAAUGGGUCCUAUAAAUUUAUUCGUAUUUUAAAGGAAUGGAUCCUAUAAAUAUAUUUAUUCGUAUGCAUGUAUGAAUUGAGUUUAUUUGGAGGAAGUUUUUUGCUCAGUAUUUACUUUAAAAUUAUGAGUUGAUUGACCUUUGAUCCUGUCCAAAUCACAUGAGCCAGUGAAUUUCUAUACUGAUAGAUCUGUUCAUUACCCAGCUAAUAACAACUCCUCCCAAAUUCAGUUAUAACUCUCGUGCCUGUAACUGCUCUCGUAACGUUUCUAGUAGGGGAGAAGGGGCUGCCCUUGUCAAAGCUGUCAUAGGUAUUCCUGCUGCAUUGGGUCAUCCCCCUCUUCCUGGGCUGGUCCUGCAAAACCUGGUUGAAAAUACCAAAGCCCCACUUCCACAGUUGCUAGGAUGUGAAAGAGCUUUUUGCCAGGCCUGUUGAUAAGCAUUAAGAGUAAAGCCAGGAGGCUACAGAGAUGGCUUAGUUGGUAACUGCUAUAUGCAUAAACCUGAAGACCUUAGAAUUUAAUUAAAAGGUAGACAUGGUAUGAGACUGGAGAGAUGACUCAGUUGUUACGAGCACAGCGAGGUUGUGGAGGACCCAGGUUUAGCUCCCAGCACCCACAUUUGGUUCAGCCACUUUAACUCCAGUUUCAGCAGAUCCUCUUCUUUCUUCCUCAUGCUCUGGGCACAGACAUGGUACUCAUUCAUACAUGCAGACCAAACAGAAUAAAACUAGAAAAUCUUAAAACAAAAAGGUAGACAUGGUGAUGCACCCAACAAAGAGGUAGGAGGGAGUGGAGAAUAUGGUAGGAGAGGCGGGUGGAUCACUGAAGAUCAUUAGCCAGCCAGACUAAUCAAUGAGGCAGUUCGGUGUGAGGCCCUGUCUCCAGAGGUAGAGAUCAAUCAAUGGAAUCUCUUAUUAAAGUUGACCUCUGGCCCUACACACAUACUCAAGUGUACACAAAAUAGAGCCAGAAAAAUCAUCCCACUCUCAAAUGAGGAUACUAGUUGUGGAGUUAAACAUUGCAAAGCAUGAAGUCAUACACAGAUAUUUUGGCAGCACACCAUUUUACUCCCGAGUUAAUUCCUUCUGCUUUGGGAAGAGAUGUCCUUGGGCAUUUGUUCCUUGGUGAUUUUUCCAUCCCACAUCUAUCAUUUUUCCACAAGUCCCUAGUUCUACCUUCCCUAAGCUUCCUGUGAUUGUAACUCCUUUGGGAAACUCAGAAGUUAUGAAAGUUCCAAGGACUGCACAUUGUAGCAAGCUUUGCUCAAUGGUAGGCCAUACUAGCUAUCUGAUUUUCUUAAGACCACCAUGUAGUGCUAGGAAUUGAACUCCGGUCCCCUGGAAAAGCAGCUGGUGGUCGUGACAUUUUUUUUUUAAAGUGGAGGCAAUUUUAUAGUCUCUCAGAGUCUGACCUUUAGAUCUUGCUUCUUUAGAUUGUCCCCCUUGCCAAAUGGUGCCAUUUUAUUUACUACUAAGAUGUUUGGCUAGUCUUUGUCUCAGCUCUGAUUCUCUAACUGUAAUAUUCCUAUUGCUUGGAAAAAACAAAAAACAAAUUAAAAAAAAUAGACCUAUUUCUCAAGAUAGAGACAAUUGCUCUCAUGAGGUAAACAUGAGAAAUCUUCUAGGCUCUACUAUUCCUAAAAUCUACUUAGUCCUCUGCUUUCAGCAUCCCUUGGGUCUUUAAUAGAUACUACCAUUUUAAUCAAAGUAAUUGCUUAUAGUUUGUGCUAAGCGUCAGACUUCUGAUUAAGAAACCUGACUUAGCUGGAUGUGGUGGCACACAGCAUUGAUCCCAGCACUGGUGGGGCAGAGGCAGGUGGAUUGAGGCCAGCUUGGUCUACAGAGUCUCAAGAGAGCCAGAGCUACAUAGUGAGACCCCUGUCUUGAAAAAACAAAAACAAAACACAAGAAACCUGACUUAAAGUUUACUUAAAAAUCUGUCAAGCCUUAUCCAAGUGCUAUACCGUAGUUAUAUUUUAAUGCACAGUUUGUUGUUCAGUACAGUUAAAACUGACCUUCUGGGUGUUAAUAUGAUAACCAUACUUGGGAGUCUAUGCUGAUGUGGACAAAUGGUUAGAGAACCAGUAUUUGGCCACUACCCCCAGGUCAGCUCAGUCCCAGCGACUAUGGACACAAAAGUCCCUAUGGCUUUGAUAAGUUAUUUGUCCUCUUGGUCAGAGAAGGCAUGAGAACCGAGUACCAGCAGCUGGAGUCUAACCAGUGCACCUACUGCAAAGGAGAAAGGACAGAAGGAAAUGUCCUCAGUACUUCCCAGUGAUCCCACGUGGUCAGCAAAGACCAUAACUCAGCCCAACAGAUGGCACAGCUGGUAAAAUGCUAAAGGAACCCAGUGUCUCCCGUCUAUGGGAAUCAGAGGACUGUAUUUGAAACUGGCCUUAAAAACAAAUGGCUAAUUCUGACCACCUACAUGGUCUUAAACACCUAGCAAGAAAGCAGGAGCACAUUGGAAACUGAUAACAAACCCUAAACUUUAAAAAGGGCUAUGCAGUUAGUCCAGCUUCACAGGCCUCUGCAUGAGUUACUGACUGACACACUAGAUAGGUAUUCACAGGCUUACCAGUUACAAUCAGAUGAAAAAACUGCCCAAUGCCCCUCUCAAUUUUAAGCAAAUGUUUAUAUACUGUUGGUAAUCUUAAUUUCUCCUUUGCUUCACAAGAUCUAAAAAACAUCUGCCUAUUUUUUAGAUCUUGUAUGCCAAAUAUGACCAUUGGAAAAAUGUAUUUUUUUCCUGUUUGUAUUUUUAAAGGUUUAUUUAUGUGCAUUGCUGUUUUGCCUGUGUGUGUGUCUGUGAAUGUGUCAGAUCCCCUGGAACUGGAGCCACAGACAGUUGUGAGCUCCUAUAUGAGUGUGGGGAAUUGAACCCAGGGCUUCUGGAAGAGCAACCAGUGUUCUUAAUUGCUAGGCCAUCCUCCAGCUCUCCUCCCUCCCUCCCUCCCUCCCUCCCUCCCUCCCUCCCUCCCUCCCUCCCUCCCUCCCUCCCUCCCUCCUUCUCUUCCUCCUUCCCUUUUUUCCUUCUCUUUGAAAAAGGGUUUCUCUGUGUAACAGAGCCUUAUCUCUGGCCUUGAACUCACUGACAUCUGCCUGCUUCUGCUUUUGGAGUAAUGGGAUUACAGGUGCGCCUUAAAAGUGUGCCCCACUAUGCCAAGCUUCCUUUUUUCUUUUUAUCAAUUUUCCUUUCAGAUGUUAGCCAGGCCCUGAGCACAUGCUCCCUGUGGGAUGGACUUUAUCACUGUUACUUGGAAAUGCCAGUUUUCUUUUGCCGCGUGGCUGCCUGUUGACCUCCAUUCCAAACAGCAUGGCUUUCUCUCUUCCUCUUGUUCAUUUACUUUCUCCUAGCAGCUGUUGAGAUUUAUAGCUUACUGGCCCAUUGUUUUUGUUUUCCUCUAUGCUCUCAUGACAUUGUUCUCAAAUUUCCUUCUGAGUCUGGUUCCAAAUUAUUUUAUUAAUUUGACUAAAACUCCCAAAAGGGAACCUCAGUUUCCCCAGUAAUAGCCCUCCCACAAAAUAAAAAAAUAUAGUUUAAAACUUAUAUUAAGAUUCCUUGAGGAAACAAAUCCUCUCUGAUUCCCAACUAUACCUUAAGCUGCUUUCCUGAGAAGGAUAAAUAUUACUUGAGCAAACAGGAAAUGCAAAGCAAGCAGCUUCCAAAACUAUAGAAAUGACAGAACCUGCUGGCUGCCUCAACAGUCACCCAAGGUAACUGUGGAGCAUCUUCAGCCUACUAGCCCAGAAUAUCUGACAAAUGUAUCUGUGAAACAGGAAUAUUGAAGAACUUGCCUGUCUUGUCUUCCUUUAUGUCCUACUUGUCCAUGGUUUGGACAGCAUGCUGUCAGCAGUUGAGGCAAGGGCAGGUUUUUUGCCCAGUGGCUAGCUUGCCACAUUUUAAUCAAACUCCAUAUGGAUGUUCUUUGAUGCCCAUCAUCUUCUUUAAAGUUGAGUGGGGGUGAUUCCAGGAGCUGAUAUAUCUCACAGUCUCACACACACACACACACACACACACACACACACACACACACACACACACACAC